ACCCUCCUCUCUCUCUCUCUCUCCUUCUCUCUCUCUGCCCAAAAACCCUCGCUUUCUCUCUCUAGGGUUUCGAAUUCAGCUCAUCAGGUUUCGGAAACGAUGUCGUUGAGGCCGAGCGCGAGGACCGAGGUCCGCCGGAACCGGUACAAGGUCGCCGUCGACGCCGAGGAGGGCCGGCGCCGUCGCGAGGACCACAUGGUGGAGAUCAGGAAGAGCCGCAGAGAGGAGAGCCUCCAGAAGAAGCGCCGCGAGGGACUUCAGCCCCAGCAAUUGCCCGCUUCUGUCCCCACCUCCGCCUUGGAGAAGAAGCUAGAGCAUCUACCGUCCAUGGUAGCGGGUGUUUGGUCUGAUGAUAGUGCUCUGCAGCUGGAGGCAACCACUCAGUUUAGGAAGCUGCUUUCAAUUGAAAGAAGUCCUCCGAUUGAGGAGGUCAUACAAUCUGGAGUUGUCCCUCGAUUUGUUGAGUUUCUGAUGAGAGAGGAUUUCCCUCAGCUUCAGUUUGAGGCAGCUUGGGCUCUCACAAACAUUGCUUCUGGGACUUCUGAGAACACAAAGGUGGUAAUUGACCAUGGAGCUGUGCCCAUAUUUGUUAAACUUCUUGGCUCUCCGAGUGAUGAUGUCCGUGAGCAGGCUGUUUGGGCCUUAGGAAAUGUUGCUGGUGAUUCUCCCAGAUGUCGUGAUCUUGUGCUCACUAGUGGGGCCUUGGUUCCCUUGCUGGCACAAUUAAAUGAGCAUGCCAAACUCUCUAUGCUAAGAAAUGCGACAUGGACACUUUCAAACUUCUGCAGGGGCAAGCCACAACCUUCUUUUGAACAGGUUAAGCCUGCACUUCCAGCUCUUGCACGCCUUAUUCAUUCAAAUGAUGAAGAAGUUUUGACAGAUGCAUGUUGGGCACUUUCUUACCUUUCUGAUGGAACAAAUGAUAAAAUUCAAGCAGUUAUUGAAUCAGGAGUAUGCCCUCGGCUUGUUGAGCUUUUACUCCAUCCAUCUCCUUCAGUACUAAUUCCUGCUCUUCGUACUGUUGGAAAUAUUGUCACUGGAGAUGAUUUGCAAACGCAGGUCAUCAUUCAGCAUCAAGCUUUACCUUGUUUGCUGAAUUUAUUGAAUACCAAUCAUAAGAAGAGCAUCAAGAAAGAAGCAUGCUGGACGAUAUCGAAUAUCACAGCGGGAAACAAGGACCAGAUUCAGGCUGUCAUUGAGGCUAAUAUAAUUGGCCCCCUUGUUAAUCUGCUUCAAAAUGCUGAGUUUGAUAUUUCCUGUCCGUUUUUAUGGGAUCUUAUUUCUUUUUAUGCAUUGUGUGCACUUGCUGAUGUAGAUCGGGACGAGAUUUUGUGA